AUGAUUCUACAAUUAAUUAAUAUAUGGGAAAGUACAGAUGAAAUCGAAGGACUACAAGAAUUUUUUCUAAUGUUAGGCAAGAAUUCUACUCUUCGUGAAUUUGUUGCCAUCAGUGAAAGUAAAACUUUGCCGCUAGAUUUUAUUGCUGAUUGUCUCACAGAAAAUCAAACUCUCGAAGUUUUGAAACUUCCAAAAUGUUCAAUUGAUAUCAAUACUAAUAUUAAACUCAUCGAAGACUUUCUUCAGAAAACUUCAAUUCACACAUUAUCCUUGGAACUAAUCGAAACAAAUAGUCAAAGAAUGCUUGAAAAAAUUGCUACUAUCAUUAACAAUAAUUCGAAAAUCAACCUUCUUGAAUUACGAAGUUCUUCAUGUUCGGCUAUUUUCUAUCGAAGGAAUCAAUCUUUUCACAUUCAAGAUACACCAAGUCAAUCUUCUGGUCAAAAAUCCAAGAAUUUUUCACGUCAAAUGAUAUUUAAGAAAUUGUUUAAUUUAUUGAGUUGCAUUGGCACUCAAAGUCGGCAGUCAUACGAUUGGAACAGUUCUUCGUCAUUAGUUCAUAACUCGAUCAUUGCAAAAUCCAAUCAAUCUUGCUCUUUCUUACAUGAAUACUUGCCUAUUUAUAAACAAAUUCAUGAAAGAGCAGAUAAUUUGAAAUUAGAAGAACUAGAUAUUAUUACCAGUGCAAAUAUCAACAUAGAACAACUUAAAUCUCAUUCAACAUUGAUUCGAUUGAGAAUUGCACAUCAAACUUUCACAGAAGAAAAUAUUCGAAUUUUAGAAAAUGUCAUUCGAAUGAAUCAAAAUUUAAAAGAAUUAGAAAUUGUGAAAUCGGAAAUCAUUUGUCCAUCCGAUGUAAAUAAAUUUAUUCAAUUGAUUCAAACAUUUGCUAACAGUGAGACGUUAAGUCACUUGAAUUUGACUGGUACUUCAAUAUUACUCAAUCAAUUAAUAGAAAUUUUUCAAAUUUUACGUUCUAAUCGGACAUUAAAAGUGCUUAAUAUUCAAGAAUGUAUCAUCGAUUCAACAAAUCAACUCUUCAAACAACAUAUAAAACAAUUAUCUAUUGAAAAUCCAUUCAUAGAAAUUUUUUACUAA